AUGGCCAUGGAGCCGGCCAUCCGCCACAUUCGCUCUUUAGGCAAAGGGUACCCACUUCACAACCACCGCAUCAGUGUCUUAGCGUAUGCCGACGACGUCGCCCUCAUCAGUGAAUCCGACGCCGGCCUGCAAGAAUCGCUGAACUCUAUUACAGACUGGACCAACUGGGCGGGCAUCCAGUUCAACAGCAACAAAUAUGGAACCCUCGCCGUCCUAGCGAAGGAGGACGCAUAUAAACAUCUGGGGGUACCCACCGGCUUCUCUAGAUGUGACACCGAGGAGGCGACUACAAGCAACAUCGUCACGUCUAUCGAGAAACUGAAUGCAUCCAAACUAGCACCGUGGCAGAAGGUGGAUGCGCUCAACACCUUCAUCAUCUCAAAGCUCACCUUCUGCCUCACCACCAGGACAACACCAAAGAAGACGCUAGAUCAGGGCAAGCACGGAAAUUGUCCAUCUCCCGUACCAACAAGGGGGCACCAAACCCCCCACCAGCCAUCUUGCAGAUAUAGCACAAAUCUGCCAUGCCCUCUAUUUCAGUCUAGGGACACCGACAUCAGACAGAUCUCACGCAGCGCCCUCGAAGACGUCGUAAAGCAUAGAAUUAGACGCUCACUUGACCCCAGCGACCUAUGUUGCUACUUAAAUGGUUCUAUGGAAGAAAAGUUUGGCCGCCCGAGCAAAGAUAUAACAUCAGUCUGGACCAGACUCCAAAUGGCAACUAGGCGCCUAAAGAAGGAAAUUGGCAUCAGCUGGACGACAGGACCGGACGAGCUACCCACCAUCACUGCUAACAACUGCCUAAUCCAUGCGCACGAGUGCCAACGUACUCUCUGCGGACUCCUAAAAGAACAUUACCUCCAGAAAUUAACCGCCAAACCGGAUCAAGGCAAAGCUUUCAAAAUAACAUCAGCAAGUGAGGUAAGCAAUCAUUUUAUAAACAAUGGGCAAUACACCAGAUUUGCAGACUGGUUCUUUAUACACAAGGCCAGGCUAAGCGUUGUGGCCCUUCGAGGCCACAAACGCUUUGGUAAUGAGCCUAAAAAGUGCAGACGCUGUGGCUAUCAGAGGGAGACUCUGGCACAUGUACUGUGCCACUGUCCUGCCAACUUCCACCUAAUCACGCUAAGACACAACGCCAUCUUAAACCGCAUAGUAUCAGCAUUUCGCCCUAAGGAUGCCAAAGUCUACGUGAAUCAGCGGAUCCCAGGAUUCAACAAGAACUGCAGGCCAAACAUGGUGGUGGUACACGAAGCAUCAAAAUCUGCUACCAUCGUGAACGUCACCGUUCCCUUUGAAAACGGCCCAGACGCCUUUCAAUCAGCACGAGAAAAAAAACUACGAAAAUACAACUCUCUUGUCCGCCACUUUCAACAACAAGGCUUCAACACACACAUCAGCGCUUUCAUCGUCGGCGCCCUUGGAGGGUACGAUCACACCAACGAAGCCACCCUCCAGCGCCUUGGAAUCAACAGGCGAUACGCAAAGCUCAUGAAAAAGCUCAUGAUCAGUGACUCUAUACGGUGGAGUGCCGACACAUACCGAGAACACCUAAACUCGCAAAGUCGACCAACUCGCCCACCUCCAUGUGCACCACUUUACAAAUGGUAG